AUGGAUUCCACCGAAUUUAAACGUGCCGUCACCAUGGACAAAAAAGUCAAAAAGAUCACCAACAGCAUGGAUUCGGAUACGCCUACGUCCUCCAGAUUGAAGAGAUCCCUGCCCCCAGAUACGGCUGCCGAUGAAGAUACACCCCAAACGGAAUGUAAACGUCAAAAAAUCGUCCAGCUCGUCACGCAAUACUGCUAUCCCACGCUCAUAGUGGCUCCCGUUUUGACAUCGAUUACUUUAAUAUUAUUUUCACCUAUAAACAUUAUGAUAAAAGUCUUCACCAUCGCCCUACUGAUACUCAGCAUGUUCGUAUACUACAACCAAAACAUGAAGCCGUUGUUGUGCUCCAAGAAGCAGGCGUUCGUUGCCACCAAAGAUUAA